AUGAGUAAUUAUGAAGACAUGGAAACUAUAGAGGAAGGCUCUACCUUUAGAAAUUGGGAUGAAGCAAAAACGGCUAUAUAUCUUUAUGCUAAUAAAAAAGGAUUCAAUUUAUGUCAAUCUAGAAAUAAAAAGCAUGAAGGAGGAGAGCUGCGUAAAAGAACUUUUAUUUGUGAAUUUUCAGGAAAACCUCAAAAAAAGAAAACAAAUAGACCAUCAAAAUCUAAAAAAAUUUCAUGUCCUUGGCAUAUCAAUUUAUCUUUACCGGAACAAAAUAAUCAUGAAAAUUUAGUUAAAAUCACAAAGUUUGUUGAUCGUCAUAAUCACCUGACAAAGCAAAUGAUGCAAGAUGUUGAAAUAUUAACACACAGUGAAGGUGGAGCAGCUACACAACGAAAAUAUUUACAUGCCAAGUAUCCAGGUCAUCCACUAUCUAAUCAAGUUUUAUCUAAUGCCAUUAUGCAAUAUAAACCAUCUAAAGAAGAUCAUAAUACCAUCAUGAUGCUUAAGUAUCUAAUCAAACAAAAAGAAAAUUCGGAAUGGAAGGUAUAUUAUGAUUUUGAACCUGAUAUGGAACGUGGCAUGGAUACUGCCGUAGAAUGUGUGUAUCUUAAAGCUUGGCAUCGACAUUCAACGUGGCACCUAUCUUUAAAUUUAGAAAAUAACGAAGAAAGCUUUCAAAAAAAAUGGGAUUAUUUAAUUGGAAAUUAUUUAGAAAUUGCUGAUUAUCUAACCAAUACAUUAUAUGAAAGCAAAAAGUAUUGGGCAAAAGCUUUGAUCGAUGAAACUUUUACAGCAGAUAUUGAUUCGAAUUAUGAACUUAUCCAUGAUCCUGUAAAACAAGCAUUGAUCAAUUCAAAUGUUGUAAUUGUCGAACUGAUUGAUUAUAUUAAUGAUCGAAUUGAAAAACAGUUUUAUGAAAAAUAUGAUCGAGAACUAAUUGAAUGGUCGAGUUAUAGAACUAGAGAUGAUAUAAAUAAUGCAAUUGAACAUGCUUUAUCACCUUAUAAUAUAAAUAAUUAUUUAUCACCAGCUUGUGCAAAGUUACAACUUUGUGAAAUAGAACUUUCUCGUGAAAUUGUUGCCAAAAAAUAUGAUAUCGGAGUAAUCGAAAAGAAAAGCAUGGAGGAAAUUGAAGAAAUAGGGCUUAAUUUUCCUUUAGAAAACGAUUGUUAUGCUAAACAAAUUUCACUCAAGAAAUUAUUUUCAUGGAUUGACACGAAAAACAUUAACGAAACGUGGUCCGUUGAUUGUAAAGUUAGUAGUUAUUAUGACCAUACAAAUUAUAUUUUAUUGAUGAAUGAUGGAAGUCAUUUAUGUACUUGUUUAAGAAAUAUUUAUUAUGGCAUAAUUUGUAGACAUUAUUUUCAGGUUAUGAAUCACACACAUAAAGCCAAAUUUCAUAUUACAAUGAUUUCGAAACGAUGGUACCGAUUUUAA